AUGAGGUGGGUGGGGGCCAGGCCGGAGGGCCCCGGCGGGUCGCCAUCGUCGGGGAGCAGCAGCGAGGGGGAUGGCGGCGGCAGCGGGAGCUCGGGGGCGGAUCGCAGGGGCGGGGAUUCGGGCAGGGAUGAAGGGGGGAUGGGCACGCGCGCCGGGCAGGGGCGCUCCGCCGGCGCGAAGGCGGGCUUGAGCCAGUCCACGCUGGCGGGCUCCCGGGAGACCAAAAAGGCUGCGGUGGAGGGUGAUGGACAGGGCACCGGGCGCGGGCAGGUUGCUUCCGGGGCGUACGACGUCGAGAAGUGGGUGGCGGGGUCCGCGCCGCUGUUCGUCGAUGGGGGGGAUGACUGUACCCGUCAGGAGGGCGGGGCGGGGGGCGGAGGGUCAACGGGGGCGCCUCAGGAGGGCCGAGGGGACGGAUCGCCGCCAUCGCGGUCCAGGCCGGGCUCCGGCGGCUCGAAUGCAUCCAGGGAGUCGCGCGGAGUGGUCAAUCUGGGCGACCUGAGGGGGAUGCGCGACUUGGCCGAUUUGCGCAACUUCGCGCGGCGCAACGAGGAGGCCGCGCGGGGGGGCACCCCCCCCCGGGUGGCGGUCUUCAAGGAUGACUCCCGGCUGCCGCUGUCCGGGCGCGGGGAGGACCCAUGGGCGGGGUGCACGAGCAGGAGGCAGUCGCGCAGCGCCGGGGACGAGUACGAGUUGGAGGAGGGCGAAUGGCGCGGCCAGGGCCCGACGAAUACGCAAAAUCCUCGGUUUGUGGGGAUGGGCAUCCGAGGUGGGCUGCCCGUGGGGCACAGGCCCGCCGGCCUGCCCUACCCCGCGGUGCUGGUCAGCUCCUGCGGGGCGCACAUCAACACCGUGCCCGUGCAGCAGGGCCCCGUGGCGUGGGUGCCCAUGAUGGGCAGCGCGGACUGGCACGCCAACAGAUGGAUGCAGGGGGGGCCUGGUUGCGUGGGCAGGGGCGCGUACCCGGCGGCGGGCAUGUUUCUUGAGCCCGGCGAGGGCCCGGUGAACGGGUACUUCGCCCAGAGUGUCGCUCCCAACGUUGGGAGCGCGGAUUCCAUGCUCCCCCGCCACCUGAGGCCGCUGGCGGUGGGCCCCAGGGACCGCUACUGCCACGAGGCGGCGAUGAUGCGCCAGGCGGUGCAACUGCAGGGAUUUCAAGAGGCGCGGAUGGCGCAACAGGCCCAGCAGAAGGCCCAGCAGCAGCCCCAGCAGCAGCUCCACCAGAGGGGGCUGCCCAAGUCGAAGAGCAUGCCGCAGGAGAGGGGCUGGGCGAGGGGCAACCAAGGCCAGUUGCAGGAGCAAGGCGCCCAUUGCGGACAUGGGAAACGGGCUCGUCACCAAUCUGAAGCUGCACUCCACUAUGAGGCUGACAAUGCUGUGUACUCUCCUGGUCGUGAGCCUUCUGGUAGCAGCGCCAGCACACAUACCACAUCCGCAAGUUGUGGGAAGGCCAGGGAGGGACGUGGGCCAUCCCAAAGGAAAGCCAAGGACGAGGGACCGAAGCCUGCGCACCCUGUCAAGCCCGUCCCACUCACACUGUGGGCGAUCAUCCUGCACUACAUCUCCCUGCUCUUCUCUGACUACCCGGCCAAGGCACAUCGGCGCUGGCUGCGCGACCGCACGCCAGGUGGCUCAUCCCCGCCUGCUGCCUCCAAGCUCCCGGCCAUCGGUGGCAAGGCCACCAUCUACGAUGACGAGUUCUCAGACAGCGACUUCAGUGAGGACGAUGAUGAGCCCAUCUACAACGCAGGUCGGCGGAUCGCAAUCGGAAGCUAUACCCCAGAAGGGGAAAAUAGCACAUCAAGGAUGCCACCCUCUCGGGGCCUGGCCCCCCUGAAGAGGGUGUCCAGGAAGCGUAAUGGGGUAGCGGCAGAGCAGGCUGGAAGGUCAUUGCAUGAAGCAGAGCUAGGCUUUGGGGCCAAGAGGCCCUCUCCGGAUGUUAGCGAGAUGGCACGGCCACCGAGGGCUGAGGCGGAAAGGCGGGGCAAGGGGCGUCCAGAGGGGGGUGGGAUGGCGAAACGAAGCCAGGGCAAGGGCACCUUUAAGCUGGGGCGGUGCGCGUGGGGGCCGAGAGAAGGUGACUGGGAGGCGGGCGUGCUGAAAGCGGCAGGGAAGGGUGCGAGGGCAGGGUCGCUGACCGCAUGGGGCCGUGCAAACAGGAUUCGCUUGCGCCGGCGUCGCAGCCGGCUUGCCCGCCUGUGGGACGAGCUCCGCCACCCGCUCGCCACCCUGCGCCGCAAGUACCGAAGGUCCGCGCACAAGACGCGGCUGAUGGCAGCCAUCGACAAGCGGUCCUCAGGCACCUUCUCGGGCAUCUGGGACCGCAUCAUCAACGAGGUCUUCCUGUGGUCUCAGUGGGCGUUCGAGUUCGCCUCCCCCACGCGCGUGGGCCGCCGCCGCCUCUACUUCACGAUCAUCUUCCCCUUCGUGCUGCUCAUGGCGUUCUCGUUCAUGGCCGGGGAGUACCCGCUGUACUUGGAGCGCAAGGGAGAGCCGGUGGCCGCGGAUUACGACUUCGGGCCCUACCAGCUGUUCCGCUGGGUCUUCCACCGUGAGGCUUGGCGCAACUUCGACUCCGUCUUCCUGGUGGAGUGGGGGGCUCGCUUCAUACCCCGGCUGCCCGGCCACCCCACUCGCUGGCUCCAGUCCCUCCUCAUCCACGAAAACUUCUCCCACCUGGCCACCAACAUGAUGCUGUUUGUGAUCCUGUCGUGGAGCCUGGAGGGGAAGUACGGCUUCGUGAGGACCGCCGCCGUGUGCCUGACCUCCGGGCUCGCGGGCAACUUCCUCAGCGCGGCGGGGGAGGACCCCUGCGCCCUGGUGGUGGGCGCCUCCGGCUGUGUGUUCGGCCUGGCGGGUUUUUUCGUGGUGGACGCCGUGUUCGACUUCCGCCACGUGAUGUUCCCCUUCCUCCGCCUGCUGGGCUUCCUGGUGUUCCUGGUGGCCUUUGCCGCGUCGCUGGCCACGCAGAGCGAGACCUCCCACCUGUCCCACGUGGGGGGUUUCCUCACGGGCUGUGGGCUGAGUCUCGCGCUGCUGCGGCGGUUCUUCGACGAGCGGCUGGAGGCGACCAUGCCCUGGAUUGCCCUCACCACCCUGGCAAUAAUGUUCAUCCCCUUCCCGGUUGUUGUGUACCAGGACAUCCUGCCCGACAUCAGCUGCGACCUGGGGACGUGA